UCCACGUCGUCGCCAUCGAGCUCGCCGUCGCUCACACCUGACGCUGGCUCCGCCUCGGCGGGACGCAAGCGGCAACGGUCCCAGUCGAUGGAGUCCGCCGCAUCUUCAUCAUCUCCAAAACGUUCUGCGUCUGAAGACGCACAAGCCCUUGACCGCGAUGUUACUCAGCUCACACUGCCAGGUCCAUCCACCCCAGAUAUCGACGCCUAUAUGGCCACGCAGGAAGAUGAUCCACCACUUGACCACACAACAGAUCCCUCAGCCACCCCUACACUGUCGAAGUCCGCCCAGACGGUGUCCGCUCCUCCAACCCACUCUUCCCCCCAGGACAGACUCACCGCUAUUGAAGAGGCCAAGAAUAGGCCAUUAUUAGUCGGAGAAACUUGGUAUCUUGUCUCGAGAACUUGGUAUCGGCGAUGGCACAAGGCCGUCUCUGGCGUGAUGGACAAAGAGGGCCCAGUAGUCGAGUCCGAUCUUGGUCCUGUCGACAACUCUUCGUUGGUUAACUCCAACGGAGACCUCUCUGUGUCGACGGUUAGUGGGAUUGACGUAGAGUAUUUCCCACAAGAUGCCUGGGACCUUUUGGUGACCUGGUACGGACAACCGCAAUACGUCCUUCCCCGCAGAGUUAUUCCUCGUGGCAUGUCCAAAGAAGCUGCAGUCGAACUAUUCCCUCCCCGCUUUCGCGUCUAUCGUCUUUCUGAUGACAUCUCCAACUUCGCCCCCGCCUCCACAAACUCUCCGGAGCUUUACUCAGAGAGCUCCGAGGCCCAACUUGUGGAACAUCUACUCCCCAGUCUCGCUCUCACAGCAGAUCCCUCUACGUCCGCCCAAUAUCGCGUCUGGAAAGUACAACUGUCAGAGCCGGAGGAUGGCAGCGAAAUUCCGAAACGUAAAUUUGUAGAGCUUGGCGCAGAGCUUGUCGAACCCAGCGAUAAAACCCUAUCCGACGCUUUGAUCGACUCUGAACACUCUUUUGUCGUCGAGUUCAAGAGGUAUGGCUCCUGGAUUGUGGAUGUGCCACCAGCGAAGGCAUUGCAUGGCAACGAAGCCGACACCUCUUCUUCCAUAUACAUUCCCCCACCGCCCCUCUUUGGCCAGAAUGGUUUCUUUGACCGUAUGGAACAAUCUCGGCCUCCUUCGUUGAAUGCGAGUGGCGUUCCCUCUUCCUCAGCUCUAUUAAAACCUGCUGGCUUCACACCUAAUCUACGCAAGAAACCUGGGCAAACUCCAGGAACGCUGGGGCUAGGGAAUAUGGGGAACACUUGCUUCAUGAACUCUGCUCUACAGUGCCUUGCCCAUCUGCAGGAACUGACGGAGUACUUCCUCUAUGGUGUCUUCAAGGACGAACUCAACCCGGACAAUCCACUCGGUAUGCAUGGCGAGAUCGCUGAAUCUUUUGGAGCGCUCCUCCACCGUAUCUGGUCCCCCUCUUCUGCCAGCACAUCCUACUCUCCUCGAGAAUUCAAGUCCGCCCUCCAACGAUUUGCACCACAAUUCUCUGGUUAUCAGCAGCAUGAUUCACAGGAACUCGUCGCCUUCCUCCUUGACGGUUUGCAUGAAGAUCUGAACCGAGUGCUCAAGAAACCCUAUGUCGAGAAGCCAGACUGGGAGGGCGGCGGUGACAAGGAGGUGAUGGCGUUGGCGAGAGAGAGCUGGGAGGGGUACAUGAAGAGAAACGAUAGUGUGAUUGUCGAUCUGUUCCAAGGUCAGUACAAGAGCACGCUCGUCUGCCCGGAAUGCGAAAAGGUCUCAAUCACGUUCGACCCAUUUAUGUACCUCACACUCCCUCUGCCGGUCCAGAAGAAAUGGACCCAUACGGUUAGGUAUAUACCGUGGGAUCUGAAAAAGCCUCACGUUCGUGUUCCGGUUGAAAUCAAUCGAGACGCUUCUUUCAAGGAUCUCCGCCACCUGAUCGGUCGGUGGAUGGGUUCAGAGCCCGACAACUUGUUGUCCGUCGAGCUUUUUGCGCACAAGUUCUACAGAACGCUCGGCGACGCGGUCCCGUGUGGCGAUGUGAGCGACAACGACGAUAUUGCCUUUUUUGAGCUCCCUUGUCACGCCCAGCAAGCCCGUACCUAUGCGUCGAAGAAGACCGACUCUGAUCCCUUCCUCAUCCCCGUCCUCAUGUGCGACGCUCCCUCGACAUCUCGAUCUAGCUACAACUUCAACCGUAACAACCUCUUUGGGCAACCAUUCGUCGUGGCGAUCAGCAGGGAGGACGCGAGGAGCGUGAAGAGGAUGCGUGAGAUUGUCACCCAACAACUCGAGCGGUGGUCUUCCCAUCCGGCUGAACUCUGGUCGUGGCGUAUACCGAGCGAUGCGACGAUGGAAGAAGUGCACAUUCCUGCGGUCCCGGUCUCGGAUGCUCCGGUCACUGAGAUCAAGGAGAACGGAGACGUGAUCACCGUCGACGGAGAUGCUGCUCCGGCCGCUAUUGCGGACUCUCAGUUGCCAGCGGUCGUCGUGGAAGAGGGUGAUAUUGUGGACGAAAGGGCGGCGGUGCUGAGGGCUGAUGAGGAGGACACGGCCAUGUUUGAUCAAUUGGACGUGGAACCGGUGAGAGUUGGGCCGAAGGAUGGUGCAUUCGCGUUCAAGCUGCAACCGGGUUAUAAGGACUUUGGGACGGCUAUUACCUAUGGGACGGCCGCGAAUCACGAGGAGUGGGAAGAGCGAAUUGAAGAGAAGAGGAAGGAGAAGAAGUUGGAGGGUGCGUCGGAAGAGGAGGUGGAGAACCCGAUCUUGCUGCAGGAGGGUGACGCGUUCUUCCUCGAGUUUGACGAGAACAUGAAGGACUUUUAUUUCAGUGCGGAGAUGAUCAAGCCGGGCAAGCAGAUGAAUUGGCGGGUAUACACGCAUCCCGAAUACGAGGCGGCGAGGCAGGCGAGCUCAGAGAAGACAGAGAAGGGGAUCUCGUUACAGGAUUGUUUGGAUGAGUUCACGAGGGAAGAGAAGUUGGGCGAGGAGGACCCGUGGUAUUGCCCGAGGUGCAAGAAACACCAGCAAGCGACGAAGAAAUUCGAUCUUUGGCGGGUGCCGGAUGUGCUCGUCGUCCAUCUCAAGCGGUUCUCCAACUCGAGGGCUCUCCGCGAUAAGAUCGAGGCAUUUGUCGACUUUCCGGUCAAUGGGCUGGAUCUGACGGAGAUGGCGGAGGAGAGAAGGGUGGGCAAGAAGUUGGCGGAGGAUGGGUCGCUGGCCGAUCCGUCGGCGUUGGGGCUGGAGGAUCUGGACGAACCGUUGGUAUAUGAUUUGUUUGCGGUGGACGAACAUUUGGGAGGGCUUGGAGGUGGGCAUUAUAGGGCAUACGCACAGAACCACGUGUCGGGCGAUUGGUACCAUUUCGACGAUUCGUACGUGACGCGGGCUGAACCACACGCUGCUGUUAACCCGAACGCCUACCUGCUCUUCUAUAAGCGUCGCACGACCCGACCGCUAGGUCGCAAGACGCAUGAAAAGGUCGAGGAGGCUCGCGCCAAGCUAGCGUCCAGUGAGAUCGAUGGAUCGUCACUAGAUUCAGACUCACGUCCCGACUACGGCCUCCCUACUCCACCAUCUGAACCCUCUAACUCACAAAGCCAGUCACACGGAGAGUCGUCAUUUUCGGGUACGAGCAUAGACCCUCGACGCACCAACCUGAAUUCAUGGCAGACAGUCCGCUCGCCAUCUUCCUCGAACUCAACCUCUCCCCCACCACUCGAAGACAGUGUAAACGAUAGCGAACUGCCCGCGUUUGAGGAUUCCUUUCAAGACGAGCUCCUCGAAUCACAACCCCUCGACCCCCUCGCAAUUACCAAUCACCAAUUCGACUUUCCGGCCCCAUCGUCUACCAAGGCUUCGCCGACGUCUUCGAACGAGGUGGAGCUCGACUCGGAUGAGGGGGACCCAGGAGGGACGAUGAAGAGGUGGAUGGAGGAUACUGGAGGGCCCAUAGAGUUGAACAAUUGGGCGUUGCCGACAGGCUUGCCAUAUAGUAUGCCAGACUCCCCCGCCACGGGAACGGCGACAGACGGGAUGGACACGACGACGUCGAUGAGCUCACCGCCUGGGAGCUCACUAGCGGAAUUUGAAGAUUCCUUGACGGGAGACGAGGGCAAGAUAGCUGAAGAUGGUGCGGCAAUGCCGUGGCCUGCGAAGCCUACGGUGAUCGAUCUGAGGUAGCGAGCGGGAGCUUAGCGUUUUUAGCAGUGGUAUGCUUGUACUCCUUAUUUUGUGAUGUGAACGCAAGUAUCAGGAGGCAGACAGCUUUUUUGAAGUAGUUCGUGGUGAUAUGUAAUUUUGUCUAUUUUGUGCCGCACUUUUUAAAUGCUUUCUGCUCUGGAAUAUUAGCCUUGUUCAAAGUGC